UCGCAAGCUCGAUCAUUUUCCUAUACUUCGUUUUUUUUGAGUCUGAUCUUUUUGUUCUCAGACUUAUGCAUCUUCUUGUGCUAAAACAAAAGGUCUUUGGUCUAAUUUCUUCGAGCUGAGAAGAUCGAUGCACUUCACGAGGGAUUCAAAAGCACUGACACAUACAUGCUUACAAACAAAGUUUUUUUUUUCCUUGCUUCAAGAUCUUUUUCAAUAUUUCGCUCUCCAGCUCGUUUUCUGAUGAUCAACGAAGUUGUUUCUCCUUGAAAAGUGUUAUAAGUUAUAAUCUUUCAUUUGAGCUAGUGUAUAUAUACAUACCCUUUUACAAGAUCUCUUGUUUCCUUGACUCCAGAAAAGAAAAAAUAGAAUUGACACAUCUAUGAAGGAUCUGAGUCUGAUAUCAUUCUUGUGCUUAGACUUGCAUAGUUUUUUGUUAAAACAAAAAGGGUCGUCUUUGGUCUAAUUUCUUCCAAGUUGAGAAGAUGCAUCACUUCACACCCUAGAGGGAGUGGGUGAAUUUUGUUAUUUUCAUAUAAGGGCAAAGAAAGAGGAGCUAGCGAGCUUCAAAACUCAAAAGCACUGACACAUAUAUGCAAACAAAAAGACUGAUAAAAAGAUCUGGCUUUCAUAAAAUUAAAGGGGCUAGCUACAAAAGGAGUUGAAGAAUGGGAAGGGGGAAGAUCGAAAUCAAAAGAAUCGAGAACACAACAAAUCGGCAAGUGACCUUCUGCAAGAGAAGAAAUGGGCUUCUGAAGAAAGCUUAUGAGCUGUCAGUGCUGUGUGAUGCUGAAGUUUCCCUCAUCGUCUUCUCCAGCCGUGGCCGUCUCUAUGAGUAUUCCAACAACAACAUAAGAUCAACCAUAGAGAGGUACAAAAAAGCCUGUUCGGAUCAUUCAAGUGCGAGCACUACCACAGAAAUCAAUGCUCAGUAUUAUCAACAAGAAUCUGCUAAGCUGCGACAGCAAAUACAGAUGCUGCAAAAUUCUAACAGGCACCUGAUGGGUGAUGCCUUGAGCACACUGACUGUGAAGGAACUUAAGCAGUUGGAGAAUAGACUUGAAAGAGGAAUCACUAGAAUCAGAUCUAAGAAACAUGAGAUGCUAUUGGCUGAAAUUGAAUACUUUCAGAAAAGGGAGAUUGAACUGGAAAAUGAAAAUCUUUGCCUCCGGACUAAGAUAACUGACGUUGAGAGGAUUCAGCAAGUAAACAUGGUUUCUGGACCAGAACUGAAUGUCAUUCAGGCAUUAGCUUCCCGUAACUUCUUCAAUCCAAACAUGUUGGACGGUGGAACUGUUUACCCUCAGACAGAUAAGAAGAUUCUUCAUCUUGGGUGAUCAAUAAUAUGAUCUUCGCUAUAGCCUAUAACUAUCUAUCCAAUUAGCCGGAGGCUAAAUGCAUUAUUAUUACUACUCUUUUGAUUGCUCAUUAACUAGACCAAAUGAUCUAUAUACAUUACAUAUGAAUUAUGGAUUAUGGAUACUUAUGUUUAAUGAUUGUAUGAUAUCAUAACAAUAUGUUAGAAAUAAUAAUUAAAAAGUAGAGUUGUGUUUGAAGACACUAAGCUAUGAUUAUGACA